AUGAAGCCCUUUGCAGCCGUGGCCAAAGACUUUGCGUCUCCAGCGAACCCGUCCCUUCAACAAGAUCUGACUCCGCAGACUUCCACAUCCACCAACACACCAUGGCACGCCGUCAACAACGGCAGCCAACACAUCCAUCCGUUGCUUGGAUCCGAGGAUGAGAUCUUCGUUGACGAUGAUGGGCAUCGACAUGUCGAAACUGACAAUGGUGCGGACGAGACGUACCUGAUCAAUGCCGCGAAAGAUUCGUUCGCUGGCGUUCUCGAUCGGGAUGUAACACACGCAGAGCUUGCAGAGGGCACAACACAUCACGAAGCAGAGCGAAAGCUGGCUCACAUGCAAGAACUGCAAGUGAAGCGCUGGGUUGAACUACUGCGUAUGAAGACGAGAUCAACCACAGACCAGCCUCCGUUACAAGCAGAAUCUUCGAAAGACAACAGCGGUCAUUUAGCAGAACAUCCCGCAAUCAACGAUCUCAUCCGGCGAAUUAUAUCGAAGUUGGAGGAUGGCCACGUAUUCAUCUACACCGUCGCAAUGACUGUUCAUGGAGGCUUGCCAAUCGACUGUGACCUGCCACACUGCUCCAGCGUGGAGAGGGGAGCCGACUCUGAGCGCGGCUCAGUGACAGUCGAGCCGUACAUUGCGUGGAGCCAGCUGAAACUAUGGAGAAUUGUCGAGCUUGGAGAUGGUGCUUUGCCGCUUUUCCUCCGACAGUCGCCCAAAGUAUCCGAAACCUCGCCCAAGUCUACAAAAGCCGCCCUCCAGUUCUGCCUCCCCUGCCUGGAAGCGCUUUGGAACAAUACUUGCUGUUCGGGUUCACUUGAGAACAUCGCGACGACACGAACGAGAGACUCCAAGCCGGCUGUCGGCUGUAAAUCGGCUCCUAAUCAAUCUUCUGAUGCUUCGGCGCGUCCCAAUGUCACGCCAAUGCGACCACCGCUGGCAACUAUCGCCAAACCCGCACCGAGUUCGCAGAAACGCUCGAGUCCAUCUAAGAAGCCGCAGCGAAGCAGCAAGCGGUUACGACAUGAGACCUCUGAGCCAUACAACUUCACUAUGGAUGGCGCGGCUGAUGACAGCUCAGAAGACGAGUUCUACUCUGCACGGUCGUCACCAGCACCGGAGCAAAGCGGCAUCAUGCGAGACGUCAUCGUCGACGCAGCAAAGAAGGCUGGCAUGAUGGUUUCUCCCUCACAGCUGUUGGCCCAUCUUGAGAGACACAACGCUGUCACAUCUUCGGCAAGCCCGGGUCGUGGACCGCCGCAGUCCGAGGACCAGCCUAGAAAAUCAUCUCUACGGCAAGGACUCAUUCGGCCGUACCUUGUACAGACACGUAAGUUCGCGCUAGGAAAAGCGGAAAAAGAAUCUCCUGUCGUUGGCUCCAAUGGUACCAGCCGCAAAGAUUCGGCCGUCUCUGCGCCGGUCUCAAUGUGCACUCUACUCACCACUGAGACCAUUAACGACGUCGUGCAAGGCAAGGGCCGCGGUUUCGUCUUGCCCCCAACUCCACCAGCCGACAUCAGAGCCUCAUGUCUGAGCACAACUGUUCUUACCGCCUACAAAGUGAAGCCACUCAAGCCUCCUCUCUCCCUAAUCUACCCGGAACAUCACACCGUCGAGGCCCGCUGCCGUCGCUACCGUGAGACAAAUCGCGUUGUCCACGAGCUCGAGAGUGAAGCCCGCAGCGCUGCGGAACGCCAGCGACUGAUCCUGGACAAGAAGACCAUCCUCGUGCGCACCACGCCCUUCGCAUGGGACGGGAAAUCGCUCGUUCCAACGUCGUACGAGAGAGAUGCGGCAAGGAACGACGAGUGGUCUACCUUCCUGCGCAUCACUCCCCGCCAGAUUGGCGAGCCCACCGCAAAGUACCAUAUCCAGGACAAGGAGGCGCACAUGAAUACUGUAACUAGCAACGGUCUCGCCACCGCCGCCGCCAAGUCCCCCUACACAUGGCCAAAAGCGCACAGAAUCCUAGGCCGCAAGCGCACCCGCCAGCCCCCCAUCUCACCGCCCCUGUGGUGCUACUGCCAGCUGCCCGACGACGGCUCCGUCAUGGUCGAGUGCGGCGCCAAAGUGAAGUGCCCGGUGCAGUGGUUCCACCUGCGCUGUCUAGGUCUUACAGACAAGGAGACUCAGGAGCUGCUGCUCGGCUCCGCCGCGGCGGUGAGGGUGCACAGCAGGCGUGGGAUGGACACGCGUGCGCGGGUCAAGGCCACCAGCGAGCUGCUGCUCGCCGUCAAGGACACGGAUGGGGGCGUGGGUUCUAUGGCGGAGCGGUACGGAAGGCUCGUGCGCAAGACAGAGGGUGGGGAGGUGGAGUUCUACUGCCCGCUCUGUGCGCCACUGGAUGCGCAGGCUCCUUCAGAACCGAAAAUUGAUGGCCAAGUCGACAUGCCGGCGGCCAAGGUCACGAAGAAAGAUAUCGAGGAGAUGUUUGCGGAGCCUUGGGCUGCAAUAGCGCAGGGGAAUCCCUAUGGACUGGGAACGCGGGGUGGAGCGAUGGUAUUGGAGCAGCACGGCAGCAAGCCUGUCAUUCCUACGGCAGAGCAAGUGAAGGAGAGGAUUGACGAGAUGUUCAGAUCGAGUGUGGAGGUUGUGUAG